AUGACCGAUGCACAUACUCCAAUAUCAAAGAAUUCUAGAUUCUUUACCAUCAUUUUCUUAACCUCCUUCCAUUUACAAAUGGUAUCCUUACGUCGUAAGAAUGUUGUUGUCAUUAUUCGAAGAAACAAGAGAUUUCAAAAUUUGCAUCGUCGUUGUAUCCGAACCUACAAUAAUGCUGAAAUGUUAAGGAGAAUGCGACAAAUGGGACCACAGAAUACGGACAAUGCGUUUGCUACUUCGAUAUUUAACGGUACAUCCUUCGCUUAA